UCCUGUGUUCCUUGUACAGUGAGGUUCCUGGACAACAGCACCCUGCAGAUCAAGACCAACAAAAUGAAGGAUUUUCUGCCUGUGUGUGCGGAGGGCUGGAGCCAGUCUCUCUCGGACAAGACCUGCAGACAGCUGAGCUUCAAGGGAUCUUCCAGCACUGGGGAGCUGAAUGGUUGGACAUCAAAUGGCCUCUCUGUUACAUCCUUACCCUCUAAUUACAUCCAGGGUCAAGUGGACUCCAGUGCCUCCUGUCCAGGAAAGAAGAUUGUUUCUCUGAAGUGCAUAGACUGUGGGAACCGCCAAGCCGCCAGCAGGAUUGUCGGUGGGACCGAGGCCAAUGCGGGAAGCUGGCCCUGGCAGGUCAGCCUGCAUUUCAACGGCUUCCCCACCUGCGGGGGGUCCCUGGUCUCCCCGGAUUUUGUGGUCACAGCGGCUCACUGCUUCCCCAGGUGAGAAAACGGCGGCCAAUCUCUGCCCAGUGGUUGCGUCUGCCCCACAUUCCUCCA